AUGCAACCAGUAUUUGAUCAACAAUGUCUUUUCAUUCAUAGAUUGAAACAGCGUUCGGCACCAAACUACAAGGUGAAACUUGCAGAACUCUCGAGUGAUGCUUCAAAUCCACAUAUUUUCCAAUUGGCAAAAGAAUUGUCUGAUGCCUCUGAUAAUUACAACAAUCAAUACUUUUCACAAAAUGCAAAAGAUUUAGAUAAAGUUGAUUUAAAAGAAUUGGUAGAUGCAACAAAUAACUAUCUUUCAUUGUUGGGUGGAUUCGUUGGUAAUACAUUGUUGGAGAACAACAACAACAAGUCAUCUGAUGAUAACAAUGACAAAGAUGAUUCUGACAGUGACAGUGAUAGCGAAUCUGUAGGAAAGACAAAUUCAAUCAAUGAGAUAGAUGAUGAUAUCGAAGUAGAAUCAUCAUCAUCUGAACAAAAAGAAAAGGAAAAGGAUAGCAAGAAAGAAAAGAAACAAAAGAAAGUGGAAUCGUCAAAAUCGUCAAAAGAAAAGAGUUUGAGAUAUAAUCUAUAUUAUCAAUGGUCAACCAUUGCUGGUAGUGAACGUGUCGUAGACUCUAACGAUGCGCUACUCGAGAUUGGAAAUGUUAUAUUCAAUCAAUCGGUGUGGUAUAUGGGAUAUUCGCAAUUCUUGGUCGGUAAGAAUGCACAGGACGACGGAUUGAAUGACGAGGUGAGAAACGUCGUCUACGACUGUCUCUUGAGAGCUGCCGGUGGAUUCGAGUACAUUCGCACCAAACUCUCGCCAUUGAUGGAUGAAGACGUUCGUGCCACCGACCUGAGCGAUAGCUUCCUCCGUGUGCUCUAUCUCCAGGCCGUCGGACAAGCACAGGAACUCACAAUUGGACGUGCCUGCAAGAAGAACACCUCCACCAACUUGAUCUGUAAGAUCGCUGUUGACACUGCCAACAUCUACCAGGAGGCACAGACACUUCUCACCAACCUCGGUAGUCUUUUCGAGCUGCGUCUUGAGAAACUCUCGGUAUUCCUCAACUACAAACACUCACUCUACCAAUCGCUUUCCUACUAUCUAAAUGCAUUCACCCAGAAUGCCACACAUAAAUACGGUGAUGCCAUCGUCUCUGGUCAACAAGCGCUUUUCAACCUCAAGAACGCAAAGGCAUUGUUGAAAGCAUGCGUUAGCAAUACAAUCACUCUAGAUGCUGUAAAGAAACCAACCAACUAUUUAUAUAAUAUUCUUGAUACUGAAAUACCAAGAUUUGAAAGAGAGAAUAAAGUAAUUGGAUAUCAAACAGUACCAGAGGAAGUUUCAGCAUUGCCAGAUGCCAAUAGAUUGGCCAAACCAAGAGAUUUUGUUAUGCCAGCAACCAAUGCUCUCUGGGAUGACAAGAUCAAUGCAUCGUUUAAUUAUAAUAAGAAGUUGUCGAUGGCUGACAUCUCACCAUUGGCCAUUCAGAACACUCCAAAAUUGGAAUCUGCCAAUGAUAAAGAUGCAAAAGAAGACAACACUAAAGAUGACGAUGAAAAACCAUCGUCAUCAUCAUCAUCGUCAAACACCACCACCACUACACCAAAACAACAACCAAAGAAAACAAAUUCGAGUGGAGGAUGUACAAUUAAUUAA